GCAGAGUCUCUUCCAAUAGGACCUCGUUUGUUUGACGUCUCGUCCGAAGGUCGGAGCACAAGGAGGUGAAGCGACUCCAUCAGGGUCACACGCACACAGCGAGUCGGAGGCUCAGCCGGGAUUUGAACCUCCUGGUAUCAAGACCCCCCCUUUCUCUAACCUCUGGGACCGGCCAGUCUCGUGUGAUGUUAAAAUGCCUCUCCUCUCUCUCUCUGGCUCUCCUCCUCCUCUCCUCUAUCUCUUGCAACCAAAUAUUUCCCAACAGCUUUUGAAGAAGUUGCGACACGCAAAGGAAACACGGCCACCUCAAAGUAAAGGGAAGUCACUCGGAGAACCGAAUUUAGAAAAAAUAACGAUAACAGGAACUCCUAAGUUACAAAGACAGAUUUCUGCCUGCUCUCUUCACUGGGUCUGUUGCUCAACGUCAAACAAACGAGGUCCUAUUGGAAGAGACUCUGCAGCAGCAGCAGUUGUUGGUGAUGCAGAGUUCACCCCCCCAGUCUCUGGAAGUCUCUUUGGGAGAAAAGCCUCCGCUGAUCGACUCGUUAAUAAUAUUAAUAAUAAUAAUAAUAUCUAAUACUGGGAUUGGUGAAGCUCAGUCGUGCUCAGAAGGAAACGCAGCGACAGUGAGAAUGUCUCCCAGCGCCUUGGCGAGAUUAUUCCCUCUUUUCCUGCUGGCUUUGAGAAUGAAAGCAGGUGUUGCCGUGGUUACACUGGAACUCGGCGACCCGGUUCGGGUGGCGCUGUCAGGAGACACCGUGGUUCUGAACUGCGCAGUCCACUUCCCCCCCAACUCCACCGGCGGGACUGUGGGGGUGUAUCGCGUGGCGCCGGCCGGGGGACAAAGCCUAAUCAGCGAAGAGAGCAAGUACCAGGCCACAGGCACGGAGAGCAAGACAGAGACAAAGAGGGUCGACUUCAUCGCACACAACGCAUCGUACACGGGGUACUAUCACUGCCGCUACACCAGCGAGCAGGAGCGAGUCCAGAGAUCCUGCUUCCUGCUCGUCAGAGAUCAGGGGUACACAGAGCCCCCGUCCUCCUUUAAGGUUGUUGUCGCUCUGUUCGUUAUCAGCAUCAUCUUCCUGGUCUUCAGUGUGUCUGGAACUGGGGUCCUGCUGUGGAAGAGAAGGGUCUGUGCCUGUUCUGAGACUGAAGAGAGAAAGACAGAGAGACACACAGAGACAGAGAGAGACACAGCGAGAGACACCAAGAGAGUCUCAAAGAGACUAGUGUGUUUCACUGUCCUUGGGUUUGGGAGGUAG